UGCGCAUGCGCGAAAAAAGAAGUUUGCUGUCAAUGUUAUGCUAAGUUGGGUUAGGUUAAGUGCAAUCGGAAUAACCUUACACAAUAUAUCUGUGUAAUUUAUGCGCGUUAUAUAUUUUGACAUAAAUAUUAAACACAUUAUAUAUUGGUUAAAUUAAUUUUUGAAACGAUUGUAAGAGGAAACAACAUAAAUCCUAAUAAUGGAGAAGAAAGAAAUUUGUCGAUAUUUUAAUGGAAUUAUUAAAAAUGAGAAGGAUGUAUCUGCUGGCAUGGCUGCUAUCCGUACCUUAUUAAAAGUAUUGGAACAUUCAAAAUCAGAAACAGUUCAAGAGCUUCGGAUUUGCUUACAACAUGCAAUUGAUGCUAUGCGUUCUACAGAAACUCCAGUUACUGCAAUUGCAUCAGGAAGUGAAUUGUUUUUGCGUUUUAUCACAUUAGCAACAUUAGAUACUCCUUCAUUUGCAGAAUGUAAAGGAAUUAUGCUGGACAGAGGCAAAGUAUUUUAUGAAAAAUUAGUUGCGGCACGAGGAAAAGUAGCUAAAGUAGCAGCACAUUUUAUUACUGAUGGUUCGACAAUACUAACACACUCAAAAUCAAGAGUUGUGCUGCAAGCAAUGAAGGAGGCUGCUGCAAGUAAUAAAACAUUUGAAGUAUAUGUCACAUCAUCAUCUCCCGAUAAUAUUGGCAGAGAAGAGAUGUGCCAAAGUUUAACAAAGUUAGGAAUAUCAUGUACAAUGAUACUGGAUUCUGCAGUAGGAUAUGUGAUGGAACAAGUGGAUAUGGUGAUGGUUGGAGCAGAAGGUGUUGCAGAAAGUGGUGGUGUAAUUAAUAAGAUAGGUACAUAUACUAUGGCAAUAUGUGCAAAAGAAGUAAAGAAACCAUUUUACGUAUUGACAGAAAGCUUUAAAUUUGCGAGAAUUUAUCCUUUGAACCAAGUAGAUUUACCUGAUGAAUUUAAGUAUACAUCCAGUACUCUAAAUAAUAAUUUGAAGAAGGAACAUCCUUUAGUGGAUUAUACUCCGCCUCACUACAUUAGCCUGUUAUUCACCGACCUGGGAAUUUUAACGCCUUCGGCUGUUAGCGACGAACUCAUUAAAUUGUAUUUAUAAUUUAAAAAAUGUUUUUCGAACAAAUGGUGAGUCUUAAAUUUUGCAAUUUUCGUGAUAUGACACAAGAAUAUCAUGUAUAUGUGUGUAAUUCAUUGAGAGAAUUUCUCAUCUUUUCUAGAAGAUGUAAAGAGAGAGAUUAAGUUGACUGGAAAUACAGAAAUAUACUUUUAUAAAAGACCGAUAUGUAUACAGUCUUUAUUAAUUUAUUAUUGUUAUUACAGCAACAUUGAGUAUUUGUAUAUGGAAACAAGAUAUAUGUCUUUCGUUAAAUUGCACACAUUGUGAUAACAAGUAAUAAACUAUAUCUAUAUACGUGAAUUAUAUUCAAUUAUAUUAGUUCUAACAUUAGAAUGGAUCUCUUUAUAUUAUAGAAUCUUAUAGCUAUUCGUAAAGAUUACUUAUUACAAUGCGUGCAAUGUAUAACAUUGUCAUUUAAACAAGUGGGAAAAGUAGAGCAUCUAAAUUAUAAAAAUAUCAACUUAUUAACAUUGAAUGCUAUAGCAUUUAAAUUUUAUAUUUAAAUUUAUAACACAAAUGAUAUACAUACACGCAUUUAUGUUUUAUUUUCAGUUCAAUCGUAUAUUGCACAGCAAUAAUGAGAUAUAAAAUUACUCAUUGGAAGAGUUCUUAUAAUUAAGAUACUAUAUCGUAAAUUGCUUAAUUCGUUUUUUUCUGUUUAUAUAAAACUAAAGUAUUCUUUGAAAACUUAAAAUCAGUAACAAGUGGUCUUUUUUCAUUUUCACAUAUUUCUUUUCAAUGACAUUUCAUACUACAAAUUUUUUUAAGUAUUUAUCCACCAUUUAAUUUUUAUAUAUUUAUAUAUAUGAAUAUAUAUAAGUAAAAGUUUAAUUGAAAUUGAUAUUGCAUAUCAAUUUUUUGAUAUCGUCAAUACAUUUUUUGAGUGGAACUUAAUUUACAUAAAUAUUAUGAUUUUAUACAUAACUAAACGAGUAACAUUGGUCAAGAUGCAUAUGCAACAUAAUUAUAUAUUUAAAAAUAUAGUUAAAUAUGGUAAAACUUUCAUAUUAUUGGAAAUUACAAGAAAUAUGUAUAGAAUCGCGAGAACUGUAUAUUUUAUACAUAUAUAUAAUGAUUUAUGAUGUUUUCUCGCUAUGAUUUCCAUGAAAAACAAUAAAUUUACAAUAAAUAUACAAAUGGAAGAUGUCCCAUUUAUUUAUCCCAAUAUGCAUUUCUGUAAAAUUUAAUUGUAUAUAUAACAUUAAUUGUAUUUAUAUAAAAAAAAAAAAAAA